CUCGCUUAUACUGCACACUUCAUUACCCUCAGAGCAUAGCAGAGACGUGUGGAUUAGAGCAGGACAGGCUAAUGCACGGUUAAAUCUCUGUUUAAAUAUCUGUUUUAUUUUACACACACCCACACUGAGCGUCACAUCUCUAUCACUGAGUGGAACGUGGUGCAGACCUGACUCAGACCCGACUCCGUCUCUGCACCAGCUUCCACACUUUAUUCACUUUAUUUAUUUGAUUUGUGACUCAUCUGGCUGAAACACUCUGCACAAGGAACACAGGGUGUGUGUAUUUGUGUAAUGACCCCAAGGGAUCAGCUGAGGAAGAUGACAGCGUUAGGAGAGCAGGAUGAUAAACAUUGGUACAGACUUGUUAACAGCAUGUCUGUCGGAGAACUGAGACAGAGGCAGGAGCUGAUGAUGAGGAACCCGAUGGCGUUGAACCCACAGGUUCUCGCUCAGACACAGCAGAGACUGCAGCUCGAGCCACGCUUCAUCGACAGGGAGCUGGUCCCUCCCACUGACAUUGUCUCAUCCUCGGAGUCUCGUCCCCUGGCCCCACCGCUGCCCCCCCAAUCCGCUGUGCUCACAGGAAGAGCCUUCAGUUCAGCAGGAGGUUACGGCUUCCUUCCACCAGAAUCCAUGGAAACGGUCGCUAGGCGACAAGAGAUCAUCCACAAACAGAACAUAGCCAGGAUAGAAAUGAACGCCAUCCUGCAGCAGAAGGAACUAGAGAACCAACAGAAGACGUUACUGACCAACAUGGAGAACCCGCUUGUGUACCAGCACAUCUCACAUCCCAGUCCUGCCGUCUUCAGAGGACGUCAUCGCCUUCAUGACGGCCACGACGUCUUCGACCUCCACGCCAACAGCUUCCUGAUGUCCAGCCCUUACCCACCAAUCAGCACUCUGCAGAGGGAGAGGGGGCGGCGCCCCAGCAGGAGAGCAGCCAGUCAGAAGUUUUCAGACAGCAGUGCUGUGUUUCAGUCAGAGAGGAACCAGACGGAGGAGAAGAACGUGGACGAGAGUCCUGGAGGAGCUUCAGGAGAAGAGAAGGAACCAGAACCAGAGGGAAGAGUGGAGACUAGCAGUGACGUUAAUGCUAAUGCUAAUGUUAAAUCUCAGCAGGCUAAAGUGGAGUUAACAGGUAGGAAAAGUUACAGAAAUGGAGAACAGAGUAAAGUGUGUGUUAGUGCACAGACGGGCUGCACAAACACAGACGCCGCUAAUGGCGAAAAGGACAUGGGAAAGUUCCUGUUCCCGCCUACCACAUCACUCUCAGCGUUCUCCUACAUGUUCCCCCUGGGAGGAAACACACUACUGCCCCCUGCACACGCUAACAUGUUCCUGAACACAGAUGAGAUCUCUGCAGUGGAGGAUCUCCGCAAGUGGACGGUGGAUGAUGUUUAUAACUUUAUCAGUAACAUCCCGAGCUGCUCUGAACAAGCUCAGACAUUUAAAGAUCACAUGAUAGAUGGAGAAACUUUACCGCUGCUCACAGAGGAUCAUCUACUGGACACAUUGGGACUAAAGCUUGGGCCUGCUCUCAAAAUACGCUCUCAGGUAUUAAGACGGAUAGGCGGAGCACUCUGCAUGGCUGCCCCACCCCUUGCUGCUCCACCCCUUCAGCCAACGCUGGAGAAACAUGUUGAGAGAUCACGUGACGUCAUUUCCCCCUUGACCUGCAGCUCAGAAUUAACACAGAGUCCCAGUGUGGGCGAGUGCGAGACGCUCAGACCCCCUGCCGGGCACACGCCCACCGCCAGGAGUGACUCAGCCUGAAGGGGGUGCUGUUCAGCGCGUACACACACACACACUAUCACACGCACACACACAUUUGUGUACACGCUUCCCACGAGAACAAUAUAUGCACAAUUUGCAUGGUUUGAUUGGUUGUCUAGGAGUGAUUCCAAAAGCUGAAUGGCUGUGAGUGCGAACGGACUCAGCGGAGACAAGCAGUCCUCUGCGUGUGGUGAAACAACUCACAAAUUUCUUUCCAAAGAGAGCAGGUGAGAACAAAAUUGAUCGAGGCAACGGUGACCUAAUAUACCGAUGUUGUGAUGUGCAAGAUGCUUACUGUGGGGUAAUCUACAUUUCCCUACGUAUGAAAAGUAACUUGUUUCCAAGCUGGUGUUAAACUUUCUUAUAUCACUCUAAACAUCGAAAGUACCACGAAAAGUGUUCGAGCUUGAGACAAAUCUUUAGAGGUAAAAUGUUAGCAAAUAUGGAAAACAAUAAGUAAACAAUGUUUGUAGUUUAUAAAUACAGACGGAUUGCGUGGAUCUUUCAUCAAAAUACUAAUAUGAGCAACCUUGGUCAUAACAUUAAGAUGGCAUGAUGAUAAACUGGAAAACAUUAUACAAAUGAAAAAUGAUGAAACUCUGUGCCAGAAAGAGUCAUUGAGAGUCAUAGUUUACAUGGUAUACAUAUUUUUUAAUACCGUUGAUUUAAAUAUUACAUCAGUAAUUCAUCAUCAAUUACUCUACCAGCGAGUGCUAUUUGUAUAGUUGUAUACUGUUAUUUGAAAAAAAAAAAAGCGAUAAAUAGCAUGGAUCAUGGGAUGAUGGGAAAGGGGCCCCCACACACUGUCUUUGCAUAGGGCCAUGGAUUCUAUGCUACACCCCUACAUACACACACACACACACACACACAGAGCUGUCACUAUUUAUUUUUAUUCAUGUUUUACUACCACUAUUUUACACUAGCUAGUGAUAAGUGGCUGUUACUGCAUCAAGAAAGAAAUAAUUUUUGGGUUUAAGAUAAAGUUUAGUCAUUUUCAAAAGUGAAUGUGUCAAAGAUGGCAGGUGUGACAACGCAGGACCACGACUGGGCAGAGUACAGACACAGGGAGGCAGGAACAGGUGAACUUCUGCUUGUAUUUAGGUGGUAGUUAAGUCAUCAAGGGAGAGUGAAAGUGAAAGUGGCUGGCGAAGUGACAGGGACUGAAUGCAGAGUGCUGGAGGUAGCGACUUGGCGGUGGGACGCGGGAGGCGUAGUGGUAGCGCUCAGGUGAGGCUGGGCUCGCGGUGCAGAGUUUACAGCUCAUCUCCCUCGCUUACAUCGGUGUCUGUAGAAGACAUAGUGAGAGAGUGGUGAGAAAGCCCAUCUUCAUUGCCGUACUGAGCCCCUGCUCGGUGCUGGACAGUGAAGUUGAAGUCCUGCAGGGAGAGAAACCACCUAGUUACCUGGGCAUUGGUAUCUUGGGCCUUGGCCAUCCAUUGCAGGGGUGCGUAGUCGGUGACAAGGGUGAUGGGUCGAACGGCGAGAUAGUACCGCAGCUCCUCAACAGCCCACUUGAUGGCCAGGGCCUCCCCCUCCAAAGCAGCAUACUUCUGUUCGGCGGGGGUCAGCCUUCGGCUUACGUAGAGGACCAGGUGCUUCUCCCCUUCGAAUGUCUGAGACAGGACAGCCCCCAGCCCUGUCUCUGAUGCGUCUGUGUGAACUCUGAAGGGGAGGUGAAAGUCGGGGUUCCUAAGUACGGGAGAGCAUGUCAGCACCUAUAUGAGUCUCUCAAAGGCUUUCUCGGUCUCCUGACUCCAGUGUCCGGUUGGCCUUUCCUAGUUAGGUCUGAGAGGAGAGAGGCAAUCGAGGAAAAGUUGGGCACAAAAUGACGAUCCCGCCAACCCCAGGAAGGCAUGUAUCUGCUUUUUCGUGGUUGGGCAAGGGUAACUUUGGACUGCCUCCACCUUCUUCUCCUGAGGCCGAAAAGGAGUCCCCGGCUGAUGAGGUACCCCAGGUACUGUGCCUCUGUAAGUCCCAGAUGGCAUUUUUUGGGGUUGGCAGUUAGCCCAGACUUCCGGAGCUCACCCAGGACCACCCUGAGAUGGUGGAAGUGGUCGGACCAGGUGGUGGAGUGUAUUACAACGUCAUUGAUGUAAGCAGCAGCGGAUUGGCGAUGGGACCGGAGGACGAUAUAAAUCAGCCGCUGGAACCUUGCUGGAGCACCAUGUAGGCCAAAGGGGAGGACCCGGUACUGCCAGUGGCUGUCGGAGGUGGAGAAUGCUGUCUUGGGCUUUGCAUCGGGGCUCAGAGCCACUUUCCAGUACCCCUUGGUCAGGUCUAAGCUGGAAAUGAAGCGGGCCCACCAGGUCGUCGAUCCUAGCUGCAUGCCACACUUUGAUUCAGGCUGCUGGUAUCUCCUGGACAUCCCCGUGGACGCAGGUGACAGUCAGUGGCUUUGGGGGAGGCCAAUAAGGAAGGCCGGGCUAAGGUCAAUCCCCGAAUCCAGGAUUGCUGAGACGGGCCU